AUGUCAUUCAAGCUAUUCGCGGAUGCAAAAUUUUCCACCGUGUACGCCAACUGUUACACCUUACAGAGGUUAUCUUUCUUCAAAUCUAGGUCAUUGGUGAACAUAGCGAAAAUCGGAAUCUAUAGAACGCGCACGUUAUACGCAUGGCUUGCAGACCAUACAGCCACCUACGCUAAAUUCCGGUCUUUCUGGACAACGGACAUCACAGAUAGGGUUUUAACAUAUCUCCAGGAGAGGUAUCCAGCACCAUAUGACCAUGCCAUAGAUGUCGGUUGUGGCUCAGGUCAGUUUACACAGCUUCUGGCCCCUCACUGUAAACAAGUGACGGGUAUAGACAUCAGCGCUAAUCAGAUUUCAGAAGCAAUCAAAGGGAAUGACAGAAAGAAUAUCACAUACAAAGUGGGUGCUGCUGAAUGUUUUCCAAUAGCUGACCAGUCUGUGGAGCUAGUUACCUGUGUUCAGGCCGCCCACUUUAUUGAUAUGGACAAAUUCUGA